AUGCAGACUUCAUACGCUUUGAUCUCUGUCUACAAAAAUCGCAUCUCCGCCUUGGAACGCACCCUACGCGAGCCCCCACGGCAAACGCACCAUGGACGGAACCAACCUCGCCACAAUCAUGGCCCCGUCGAACAUCGCAAACUUCUUCAACGCUUCAAACAGUUCCUCUCCCAAGAGGAAAAGUUCUGGUCCCAGCUCAUCGUACGACUUCAGCGUCAAUUUCACUUGACUGAAGCACGACCAUCCCUUAUCACACUCGGUAUUCUCUCUGCAUCGGAAAAUCUCGACUCCCUUGGCGAUACUCCUGCGGAGGCCACUGGUGGACGCCCCAGCCAUUUCCGAUUUCCGCCCGAGCCUGAAGACGAGUUACCGCCUCCUACUCCUGCACAGCAUACAUUCAUGUUGACUACUCUCAGCAAAGCCCUCAUUUGUCUUGGGGACAUAGCGCGAUACCGCGAGCUGCACAAUGAGUCGACUGCACGUCCUCGUCCCGGCAAUGACGGCGCCCAAGCGAAUCGCGGAGGCCGGAACCGCCGCGGAGGUGCAAUUUCUUCCGGGACGGAGACAUCACCGCAAGUACGGACGUAUGACAGGGCUAGGGCAUGCUACGAGCGGGCCAGAGACUUGGUUCCCGAUGAGGGCAACGCAUCCCAUCAACUCGCAAUACUUGCGUCGUAUCAGCGCGAUACUUUUGAAAGCCUUCUCCAUUAUUAUCGAGCGCUCUGUAUUCGAAUCCCCUACGAUCCAGCAAUCGAAAAUAUGGGCAACGUGCUUACGAAGUUCCUGGAGGGAUGGAAGAAGAACCACCGGAAGGAUAAACUAGCGGCGGAAGCUGCUGAAGGCUCAAUCGCUGUAAGGCUGAAAACCCGGAUGUUCAAAGACGACCUCAUCGCCCUCCAUGCUCUCUGGAGAUUGGGGACCGAAGAAAUGGAUCGACUUGCACCUCAGCAUGCUUCACACACUGUCUCUGCUUUCGCUGACCUCGUCGCCGGCCGCAAUCUCCCCAUCGAUACCAUCACCAAAGUCUUCAUUCUGGCUCAGGGCGCACUCUGGAAUCAUCGUACAGUUCGUCGUUCUGGAGGGCAUGGACGGCGCACUAGUACAUCCCCUGCCCCUCCCUCUGUAGAUCUGGCGGUUGAAUACCGUAUCUUGGAGCAUAUUCUGGCUCUCCAUCGUAUCCUUCUCGAGCAAGGCAUAGCAGAACUCGACGAAUCAGCGAAGAUCGCGGAAGCUGAAAAUGAGUUGGCUAUGCGGCUCACAGCUACAUUCCGCCGUACUCUUCCCGCGCUGCGAAUUGCGGGCAAAUGGCUGCGAGCCAACGUCGACUACCUCUCUUCCUUGGAUGGCGAAACGUUCCAGAAUAUCGCCGAGAGUGUAGCUAACUUUUGGGAGACAUAUUUCAGGUUUUCCAGGAGCAUCAGCACCGCUUUCCCGCCUGAUGUCUUGCCUCCGAUGCGGCUCGCCCUAGAGGAGGACGUAGAGUUGCGUGGGUUUCUUCCGUUGACGGGGAUGUUAUUUGAACAGAAGACACGAGCCGCGGUUCACGACGGAGCCGUUGUCGAUGCUGGUCCUACUACUGAGCAGGUGCAUCCAAAUGAAGAGCAGUUGAUGAGAAUCAGAGAUAUUUGGGACGAUACGAAGGUUCUUGCCGAGAUUCACGGUCCUUCUAUCCAGCCCUCGAGUCAGGCAAUGACGCUGGAUAGGCCAUCGACACCGGACGAAGUCGAAGAGCAUCAGUAUGACACCCACAAUCGGUACCAACAAUGCGCGGAGAUAGUGACCAAAGCGCCUUCGACUUCUACCGGCUCCAGCGACUUCGACGAAGACGCCAGGACUGAGACAACAGACCCGGUUGGCGACGCAUUCCGGCAAGUGCUCAACGUAGAAGAGGACGACGAGGACGACGAUGAAAUCGUAUGGGAUCCACGGUACGUGCCACCAUCGAUUGUCUAUUUUAUGUCGCUGACUAUCACCAAAGAGCGUCCGAGCCCUUCCCUGCAGAUGGAGUGA